AUGGACCUCUCGCCUAUAGAGAAUGCCUGGAGAAUUCCAAAGCAGAAUAUCCAACGCUAUGCUGUAUGGGAUAUAGAGCAGCUUAAAGCCUUAGCUAUAGAGGCCUGGGAAGAACUCCGAGGUGCGGGAUUAAUGGAGUCCUGUUAUUUUUGUCACCCGCUUGCCGACCUACCGCCAGACGCCGCGCCGAGCAGCGAGCCCGGGCACCCCGAGUCCGAGACAUCGCAUUCCCCAGCCGUAACCGCCACUACAAAUCUGCCCGACAGACGACAGUCGGAAGAGCUCUGCAGCAUAUUCUUCCAGCGGUUCUACAUACACUUGCCCAUUUUUUCCAAGGAACGCCUCUCGGCGGCAUUGUCGACAGCUGCCACAGCGGCGUCCGCGCGAAGACGCCCCCUUCCUUAUGCAUUGUUUGCCCUCGUUGCUGCCAACCACACGGCUGCUGACAUCCAGGCCCAACAGACGGGCUGGUAUGACGUGGCCAAACAUCUAUAUGGCCAGACAUCGCACAUCCCCGACGAGCCCCUCCAAACCCUGCAGGCUGCUGCCUGUAUCGUCCUUCACGCUCUGGUCGUCGGCGAUCAUUCGACGGCUUGGCUGGUCCUCGGCAAGGCGUGGCGGCAGUGUGUAGCACUCGGCUUCAACCAGAUGGAUUCAACGUCGAGUGCCGCGGCAUCGACCCUGUUGUUCGUCGAUUGGAGGGAGCUUGAGGAGCGCCGCAGAACCAUGUGGACUUUAUUCAUGCUCGACAGGGGCAUGUGUUUCCCGAUUGGCAUGGCGCACUCGAUCGACGAAAGACAGCUGCGGGUGAACCUACCCAUGGGUGAGGACACGGUUCAGAACAGCGAAGCCGUGCCAUCCCAAUCAGGCGUGCUGUUCACGCCCAAUUUUCGAAAGCUCUUGUCGCUGGUGGGCGCCCAGCAGACAGGCCCCAAUGUGUUCCACUAUCUCAUCAUAUCGUACGUACUCCUCGGCCGCAUUGUCGAGCACAUGUACUGGCCUGAAUCGGAUGAUGACGACGAAGAUGAUGCCCAACGCCACGAGUCCAUGCUCGGGUCACUCCAGGAAGACCUGUCACAGAUGCGCCUUAUGCUGCCGCGGUCUGCCACCGACCUCGCCAACGCCGCCCAUUCUGACUUUACCUACGUCGUGUGGUUGAACGUCAUGAUGAAUGUCAACACGGUCUUCCUGUUCCACAGACCGCCGACGAGGCGGCUUGAACAAGGUUCACAUGACGAAGAUAUGGUUAACGGCGAGGACGGCUCCAGUCGAUCUGCGACAUCCAACUGGGAGCUUUGCGUAGCCGUCGCCCGAAAGACGGCCAUGCUCAUCAGGGAGGCCAGCCGUGUGUCCACCGACCUCCUCAUGAAUCCAAUGAUCGCGGCGCCCACCUUCACAUGCGCCCGGAUCCUCGUGAUCGAGCACCUGCUUUCUUCGGCACCCCUCAAUAGCGGCGGUGGCCGUGUCGUGCGCACGUCUUCUGGCUUUGUGGCAGAUCUGCAGGUACUGCUCCUCAUGUUCGAUCGACUGAGUGAGUCGUUCAGCGGUGUCGGCGCCAAAUUCCGAUCUGGCGUGCUGUACCAUCUCAAGCAAGGCCCGGAGAAUGCGAGGGAGAUCAAGGCCGCCGGUAGCAAAGAGCUCCUCGAGAGCUGCGCAAAAUGGCGGUCGGCAGUAGAUGGCGACGACGGCACGAAAGGAGGCGCACCGUGA